AUGGCUCACUCAUCAUAUCAGUCCCGCAGGGAGACGACACCCGGGACCCAGGGGUCACACACGGCUACGCGCCAUGUCUUACGGAAGAAGGAGCUUCGUCAGCAGGGAAUCCGAUCUUCCUCUCCCAUGGGCAGGGUCAUCCUUAUUAAUUCUCCCGUGGAUGGUGGAGAUGACAGUGAGGACAUCCAUACCAUCACAGUGGAUAAAAGUGUGGAUGGAAGGCUGGGCUUCAGUGUGCGGGGAGGCUCAGAACAUGGCCUUAGCAUCUUUGUCAGUAAGGUGGAGGAUGACAGCACGGCAGAGCGGGCGGACCUCCGUGUGGGUGAUAAACUGGUGGAGGUGAAUGGCGUCAGCCUGGAGAGCAUCACGAUGAGCAGUGCUGUCAAGGUCCUGACGGGGAACAACAGGCUGAGGAUGGUGGUGAGACGGGUUGGCAAGGUCCCUGGCAUUCGCUACUCCAAGGAGAAGACCACCUGGGUGGAUCUGAUCCACAGACGCAUGGUGGUGGAGGAGAGCGGGCGGACGCCAUCGGAGGCUAGCUCAGGCAGCGCCCUCCAAAGGAUCGUCCACCUCUACACCACCUCGGAUGACUACUGCCUAGGCUUCAACAUCCGUGGAGGGAAGGAGUUCGGUCUUGGCAUCUAUGUCUCCAAACUGGACCCUGGUGGUCUGGCUGAGCAGAAUGGGAUCAAAAUGGGGGACCAAAUCAUCGCUGCCAAUGGAGUGAGCUUUGAGGACAUCAGUCACAGCAGUGCUGUGGAGGUGCUGAAGAGCCAUACACACGUCAUGCUGACCAUCAAGGAAGCAGGACGAUACCCUGCCUACAAGGAGAUGGUGGCAGAAUACAGGUGGCUCAAUAAGUUGGCCAAUGGCACCCAGAAAUCUUCCUCCCAGGGAUCAGAAUCCACUUCCUCAGCCUCCUCUCUGUCAUCUGGGACUCCAGUCAGCUCUCUGAGUGGCCUUUCGCAGGUUAUGUUCCCCCCCAGCUUACCAUUUGGCUCAGACAUGGUGGAUGUCUGCAUCUCCACAGAGGACCAGAGGAUGGAGUCAGAGUGCACCGAGACUGCCAUCCAGACUGAUCUUCCUUCUCCGAGGAUGGGAACAGACAUUAAACGCGGCCUGGGACCCACCACCCUCCUUAAGGAUACCUUCAUCCAUGGGGAGGAUGGCAAGGGCAGGCGAGAAUCCCCCAAGACAGCCAUGCUCCUGGCUCUCAGCAGACCCAGUCGACCCAUAAGCCGAUCACAGAGCCAAGUGACUGUAGCCGAGAUAAAGCAGAAAAAAGACAAGAGGCAUCAGAAAGGGAAGGACUCAGAGGAGAAAAGCACCCUGCAGCGCUCCAAGACGUUUGUCAACCUGCUGUUCAGGGGUGGACGCAAAAGAGACACCUCCAGGGGGCGCUCUAAGUCCCCUUCCAAGGAUGGUAAUGGUUUACGGCAGCCUGGUGUGAUGCCAGACCCACAGAUGCUCAGUGUGGUGGAAGAUAUGGCCCGCAGACUGCUGACCGAAGAGGAGGCGGCUGUUGUGAUGAAGACCUGCCGCAGGUAUGUAAUGGAGCGCUCAGUGGAGAACUUGGUCCAUCAUCUGCUAGCUGUGCUGGACAGACCUGAGAAGUUGCUGCUGCUAAGGGAGGUCAGAAUGGUGAUUCCUCCCGCUGACCUGGGUGCAUUCAACGUCAUGGUGACCCCUGUGGAAGUGGAGGCCUACGAUAUUUUAAAGUAUCGUUCAUUCAGAACUCCUCCUCUGCGCUCCCCCACCUCUGGCCGAGCUCCUAAACGACAUCUCAUCACUCCCAUCCCAGACCUCAGGGGAGGAUUCGAGCUCCAUAGUGCUUGGGAGGUAGAGAAAGAGAGCCACCUGCUGGAGGAGCUGGAGAAGCUCCGUCUAUCAGGACCCCGGUCAACAAGGGAGAGGCCCCACACUUCCAGGGCUUUUACACCCCUGCUAGACAUCCCCAUAGAUGGAUAUAGCACAGAAUAUGGAGAUCUUAGACCCUCCUCUGCCAGCCCCAUGCUCCCCAACUGGCUUUUGGCCCACAACACUGGCUCCCGGCCCCCACCCAGAUCGAACAUUGGCACCAUCCGGUCUGUCCACUUUGACGAGGUCUCGCUGCACUCCACUUCAGACAAAGGAGACUCCAUCUCAAAGAGGGGGAGGACCUUGUUAGAGAAUGGGAAUUUCAAAGGCAAGAAAGAGAAAAGCGUAGAGAGGAGUAAAGACACUGUGUUCACACUGCAGAGCGCUCCCCGCAGGAGUCGACCUUUAUUGUCACAGGUGUUUGGUUCAAAUCUGAAUGCAGACAAAGAGGCGGAGCGUGGACAGAUGAAUGGCCAUCAGGCUUCUUCUGAGAAUGGACUCAAUGGCACCGUGCCUGUCCACAAUGAGUUUGAGCUCAAAACUGUCAGCAUCUCUAAGACCAAACAGUCUUUGGGCAUCAGUAUAUCUGGUGGGAUGGAGUCCAAGAUUCAGCCGGUGGUGAAGAUAGAGAAGAUCUUCCCUGGAGGGGCCGCCUCUACCUGUGCAGUGCUCAAGGCUGGGUUUGAGCUGGUGUCUGUGGAUGGAGAGUCUCUGCAAGGAGUCACCCAUCAACAUGCCGUUGACAUAAUCCGAAAAGCCUUCAGCAACAAGGCCAAAGACCCCAUGGUGUUUAUGGUCAAAGUCCCCAAAAGCUCCCUGCAGGAUACCAACUCCACUCAACAACGGUUAAAGGGAGACUGAGAAGCCCAGUAGUAAUAUGGCGGAUUUCCCACAGCCACUGAGAUCAACACUGAGACAGUAACCGGACAACUCUAGCAACACAGGGAGGAACUAGUCAUAGCGCAGGAUCGAUCCCGGGGUCGGUUAUGUAAUUAUGCCACUAAUGAUGAGCCUUGGAAUGGAGACUGAGAGGCCUGUCACCACUCAGCGCCAGGGUAUCGACCUUAAGGGCUGUUGUGCACACAGGAGACGGUGAUGGGGACGACUGAAAUAUGUUUGGACAGAAAGCCGUUGACUUGGUCUUAAACAAAGACAGCCUGGGAAUGCAGGCCACAGAUGGCUGAUGUAGUACCUGCUGUUGUGUUGUCCAUUUCUCUCCCACGGAGAAGUGAGACGCUGAG